UGCGCCAUCGAGGGCGCUCAAGAGGUAUCAUUUCAUUUCAGCACAACGGAACUGUCCAAUCACGACCAUCCCCAUCCAGCCGAAGUGAUGUCACUUCCGUGACAAUAGGGUCAGCGUGACAGAUUUAUCAACAAAAACAAGACCGCCGCGGAAAGGGAAAACCGUUCAGAUCAAAGUGCAAAAUUCAAAUUCAAACGACAUGUCAACUGACCGUCAGUAAGUUAGGCUUCUGUCUCUCCGAGGAGCUGCUCAUUUAGUUUGUAUCUCUAAGCUCCCUUAAGGUAACCCAAGGACAUUAAACUGGGCCAAGUCACUCCACUUGUGCACGGCCAUACUGUAUCAGGCUCUGACUGUGGACCUGUGAGGACAAGUAGCACACCAGCUGCAGAAGGUGCGUGACGUGGGCCAGCAUAAUGGAAGCCUCUGGGAUGGAAGGCCGCACCUUUAUGCAGGCGAUAAGUGAAAAAUACAGCCCAGAGAACUUCCCCUGCCGUCGAGGCCCAGGUAUGGGUGUGGUGGUUGUGCCGUCAAGGCAACAGGUAUCACCUAUGAAAGAUCGUCUGAACCUGCCCAGUGUCUUGGUGUUACAUGGCUGUGGAAUCAGUCACGCUGGAGAUGAGGGAGAAAUCGCUGCCUUCUGUGCCCACGUAGUUGAACUCGAUCUGUCCCACAACAAACUCCAGGACUGGCAUGAGAUCAGCAAGAUUGUUUCCAACAUCCCGAACCUGGAGUUCUUGAACCUCAGCUCCAAUAAACUGUGUAAUGCAGUCUUGGAUCCAGACUGUGCUAAGGCUUUCUCCAGGAUACGACGUUUAGUUCUUAACAAUACUCAAGUGUCUUGGGACACAGUGAACACUUUCACACGAGAGAUGCCUGAGCUAGAGGAAUUGUUCCUAGGCCUUAAUAAGUACACCACUGUGACACCUUUCCCCUUGCCCUGCUCCACACUGCGUCUGCUCCACGUCACAGACAACAGCCUGCAUGAGUGGAACGAGGUGCGAAAAAUCGGCUCUAUGUUCCCUGCUUUAGACACUCUGAUCAUGGCCAACAACAACCUGAGCUCCAUUAAGGACUCGGGAGAAAUCCUUCGCCGACUCUUUCCUGAACUACGGAGCAUUAACCUGCACAAUUCGGGACUUAAUCAGUGGGAGGACAUUGAGAAGCUAAACUGUCUGCCCAAACUAGAAGAGGUGAGGAUACAAGGUAUUCCUCUUCUUCAGGCCUACACAGACGCCGAGCGUCGAAGUCUUGUGAUAGCCCAUCUGCCUUCGGUGACCUCCCUGAAUGGGAGUGUCGUGACGACUGGAGAAAGAGAGGACGCAGAGAGGUUCUUUAUCCGGUAUCACUUAGAUCAUUCAGAGGAAGAGCUGCCACACAGAUAUCACUGCUUGGUGACCAAGUAUGGGAAACUGGCUCCUCUGGCUGAGAUUGACUUGCGUCCACGUUGCCAUGCCAAGGUGGAGGUGCGUUAUGAAGACAAAGUGCAGGAGCUGAGUAUCCGGUUGGACCAGACCGUGGCGGAGCUAAAGAAACAGUUAAGGACAGUAGUGCAGCUCUCCACCAGCAACAUGCGACUUUAUUACAUCGACAAGGGCUCGGCCUUUGGGCCCGAUGAGUUGAAAUACAGCACGCGGGCUUUGCACUCUUAUAGCAUGCAAGAUGGGGACGAGAUCCUGGUGGUUGCCAAAACAAAAUAGCCGUCGCGCCCCAUAGCCGUUCAUUGCAUUUAAAUGACCAAAUUUACUUUAAAAUAGUGCCACCGGGGCUUCACAGAGUGAAUGAGACUGACUUUCAGGGAAGUUAAACAAAAGCUAAGCUCAUCAGAUUUUCCAGGGCGCCAAGGACGUUUUAGUUGUUCACAUGCAGCACUUAUUGUUUUACGCCACUAUCACCAGAAACACCACCUUGAGUCGUGUACACCUUGGGUUUUGGUCUCCCAUUUGUCUUAAAGGUCCAGUGUGGGUUUUUAGCGGCAUCUGGUGGUGAGAUUGCGAAUUGCAACCAACCUCAAUUUUAAAACGCAUAGAGAAGCUACAGUAGCUUCCCCAGGACAAACAUGUCAUCGUGUGAGACAAUGUAGGGACGAAAUGCGCUCUGUAGAACUGUUUAAAGCUACUUCCAAGUAAGUGGAUGUAGAUAUAAACGGUUCAUUCUAAAGUAAUAAAAACAAUACAGUUCAUUAUGUAAGGUCUUAUACACCAUUGAUAAUAUAGUUACGUAUAUUAUAUUGCAUUUCUAUUAAGAGAUCCUUAUAAAAGCUACACAAUGCACGUUUAAGACAAACAGCGCUGAUAAAGCACAGUGGCAGUCCACAAUGUGCAGUUUAAAGAUCCAACAAGACAAUCAUCUUUAGCUUAAAACACUGACUUAAAUGUCUAAUUUAAAGAAAAUAUUGCACUGCACUGGUGUCUUAGUCAUCGAAAGUCAUGUCCAUUGCCUGCUGAUAUGUGUCAUAUGCUGUAUCAGCCAUUACAUACAUGCAAAAGACUCUCUCAGGCCUUGUAUGUCUCGUAUAUGGGCAGUGCUUCACAUUAGAAAAUAUUUGGCUUAUUCACAUUUAUCUUUGAGUAUUCUUAAAUGUAUACUUUAUUUGAUCUAUUUUAUGAUCUGAGUGUUGCAUGUUUUUCUUUUCCAUAUGAUUUUUAUAAGUAAUUUGUGCAGCUUUUAUUUGUUUAUUGACUGAUUGAUGUUCAAGAUGAUACAAAAAGAUACAUCAGUAGCAAAUGAAUCAUGUUGUAUGGCUGCAUCCAUCCUGUAUAAUAUAAACAGGGGUUGUGGCUCCUGCAUUAAUAAUUUAAAACCUUAUUGACUUAUUGAUACUGCAGAUAAAGUAUUUGCUUCACUUGUCUGAAAUGUGUGUUCAAACAUGCAAUGCCAGACUGUUUCCAUAUGUCGCAAAAUAUGUCAGUCAGUGUCAGACAUAGUACGUUUAUUUUGAUUAUCAGGUUAAUGCCAGCAAAUUAUUUGUUUAAAUUUAGUUCUAUAAUCAGAUUAUUGUGUCCGGUUUAACAGAUGGGUUUAGCUGAUCUAGGGCAGGCUAAAACACUCAUUUAUUGCAGUCAAUCUUUCUCAUUGAAUAAGUUAGUGACUGGCAUGUAACAUGACUUGACAUGAAGGAUUUUUUAUUGUUAUUUGAAGUUAUUGAAUAAAUACUGACAUUAUUUUAGAGUAACACUCAAUGCAUUCGAGUUUAAUUGCACUGAAAUUUUAGAAAUGCUUAAGUUAGUAAUAGAUGAAAUUGUCUUAUGUACUGAAUACUAAUAUAUAGCAGAUUAAAAAGAUUUUACUUCAAAUAUUAUACAUGCUCUAUAAGAUAAUAAAGACAGAUAUUAUAUAUAUAAGUAUAUAAAGUUCUGAUUAUACAAUCCUCUAUGCCUUUAACAUUCAUUUUGCCUUUACCUGCUGUCCCAGUCUAGCAUUAAAGGAGUAUGAAGCAGUGCUUUCUACAUAGAGAAUUCUCUUUUAGAGUAUCAAUAUUUUAUCCUCUGUGCCCACAUAGGAUGUGCUACGGAUAUUAGCGUUUCCCUUUUGCAUAACUAUUUUAUGAUUUUUUUUGCAAAAUAUGUGCAUUAUUCAUAGUCUCUAUUAAUUUUAUAUCCUUAAGGCAAUGUCACUUAAACUGUGGCCGCAUAUGAAGUGUGAAGACAGAAAUAGUUUUCUGCUAUGAAUCGGCUGAAAUUUAGGCAAGUGUUACUGUUAAUUGCCAUUUUGCCAGCAUUUUUUAGCUAGUGUGGACUCUCAGAACAAUUUACAUUACUGUUAUUCAUUUUACUGUGUCAGAAUUCAACUGUAUGGUUUACAAAUUGUAUAUUUUACACUUUCUUUGCUCUCGGAUUACAUGCUCUCUGCUCAGUUGUACAUUUGCAGUCACUAAUGUAUUAAUUUUACAGACAUCAUGGAUACUGUAAAUGAUGUGUAAAAGGCUUUUAAACGUCAAAUGAAUGAUUAAUGUGAGAUAGCUAUUUAUCUAAUGGUUGCAUUAUGCUUGUUAUUGUAAUGAACACUGAAAUACUUGAGAGUUGUACAGUCACACCAUUACAGUUUAAAAUUAAAUUUGACUGUUUUAUACCACUGAUUCGCCAGCAUAUGUGUGCACUUAUGCUGAUGUGUAUCUGAUUGAAGUUGAAUGGAGUGGCUCAAAAGAAACAAUAAAGUUUAUUGACUGUCA